AUGUCCCUCUAUUUCGAUGCCGUUGCUCUCUUGACCGCGCCCUCCGCGGGAGGAUCCUUUAAGUCGCGCAUCUAUAGUGCCCGCGAUUUGCGUGCGUCGCCGGCACAGAUCUAUGCACUGAUCACCGAGGCCUCUAAAUGGGACCGAGUGCUGAGCGAAGUCAUUGAGCACGCAGACAUUCUUUCUCUCGAGCGCAAGCUCACUCCCCAUCUCGCCUUGCUCCUCGUCCAUGACCACCUACUGUCCAAGAAUGGCAUUGCCGCCCCGGCGGCCCACCCCAUCCGCCAAGCUGUCGAGCGGCAUAAGAACCGCCUCAAGGCCGAGUUCACCAAGGCGCGUGUCCGCCGCGGCUGCGCAUCCGUCGAACAGUUGAAGGCAGCCGUACUCCGCGAGAAGCGACUGGCCAAUGGCACGGCCAAUUGGGUUUAUCCGCGUUGGGUACGCAUCAACAAUAUCCGUACUUCUCUUGAGGAACAGCUGCGCACAACAUUCUCAUCCUACCAACGAGUCGACACUCUGCAGGGCCUGGCACAGGAUGAGGGCGACUUCUCAGGCCGAAAGCCCGAGCCGCGUCUGUAUUUAGACCCUAACAUCCCGGAUCUGGUGGCGGUGCCUUUCGGUGCGGACUUUACGGCGUCCACCGCAUACAAAAAUGGCGAGAUUAUUCUCCAGGAUAAAGCGUCGUGUUUCCCGGCGUAUCUGCUGCUCGGGGAUCGCGGAUCUCAAAAACCAUGGGCGGGCGAUCUUGUCGAUGGAUGUGCGGCGCCAGGCAAUAAAACCACCCAUUUGGCUUCUCUUCUGGCCAAGCAACAGAAGAAGAAGCAGACCCCACACCGAAUCUUCUCUAUGGAUGCAUCUCGCGUGCGCUCCAAAACGUUGCAGAAGAUGGUCUCGCUGGCCGGGGCGGACCGUACCGUGACCGUGCUUCCCGGCCAGGAUUUCCUUGCCCUAGAUCCGGUAGAUCCCCAGUUCGAGCAUGUUUCUGGUCUCCUGCUGGACCCCAGCUGUUCUGGCAGUGGCAUCAUCGGCAGAGACGAUGUCCCACAGCUUACAUUGCCCGCAACCUCAAGCAAGUCAUCGAAACCUCAGGGGAAAAAGCGAAAACGCCGAGCGGAUGAUCGCGAAAAUGAGAUAGAUACUCAACAAUCAAAGGCAACGGUGGGCGUUCCAAGGGCCUCGGCGACAGACGAGAAUGAUACCCCGACUGGCGCCAUCGACCACGAGCGUCUCACUAAGUUGUCGAAUCUCCAAGCACGCAUUGUCGAACACGCUUUGGGGUUUUCGGGUGCCACCCACGUCACAUACAGUACCUGCUCUAUUCAUGUGAUUGAAAACGAGGCCGUCGUAGCCCGCGUCCUGGCAUCUGAGGUGGCUCAGCACGGUGGCUGGCGCCUCCUUCGGCGCGACGAGCAACCUGAUGGACUACGUCGAUGGACCCAUCGGGGUGUCCGACAGGACCGAGAAGGCGAGACUGAUCCCAAGCUGGACCGCGGAUCGGUUGCAGUGGACCUCCCCGAUGAGGCCUUGGAGGCCUGUUUGCGCUGCUGGCCGGGCGAUGCCGAAGGGCUGGGUGGGUUUUUCAUUGCUGGGUUUGUCCGCGAUCCCCAAGGUGCACGCGCUACGGGAAUCACAGACUCCGACGGCGAAGACGAAUGGGAGGGCUUUUCAGAUUAG